CGGUUCAUGUCUACGUCUUUUGUAUAAUAUAAGUAACUAUUUUGGAUACUUAUUAAAAUGUAGUUGUCAUUAGAUAGGAAUAUUAAACAAUAAGGAGGGUCCAACAGCUAUCGGGUUACUCACAGCCCUCUGGUGUCUUAAAGCACCCUUGCAUGGCAAUAAAAAAAUAAAAUGCGCACACUGGGUCCUAUAUGUCGUAUGAUUUAGUAACUCUGUUAGGCCGGUGACAGUGUAUCUGUUUCACCUUUGACCGUCACCAAGGUCUGUACUGAAGGACGUCACAGCCACACCUUUUACCUGCAGCCUUUCCUUUUACGUAAACAGUCAUUUUCAUUUAUACCCCAGUAACAAGGAUCAUCGGCUGAGUUAUUUCCUUGUUUGGUAAUCCCAGUUUUCCGCUGGACUAUAUAUUGUGUGUUCUAUUUCCUUUUACAGGGUUCCCUGGCACUAGUACUGAAGCUGCGAUGGCUGACCGGUGGGAAUACUUACCACUGGAGAUCCUUGGAGAAAUAUUCUACUACCUACCUCUGCGAGACAGACGGGCAGUCUCCCAGGUGUGUCAGCACUGGGCAUCCGCGGUGGCAUCUAGCACCGUUUGGCACUACACCGAAAUUAGUUGGGUGUCUGAAGAAGAGCUUUUGUGUCUAGAAGGUAUGGAGUGCUUUCUGAGCCAGAUAAAGCAGCUAAAGAUUGUUUUUGACCAAUCCAAGGAGGUCAACCGCAAAAAUGUAACAGAAAUCCUAGAUUGUCUGUCCAAAGAGAGUGACAAGCUGGAGAGCCUGACCAUUGUCUGCUGCGGAGAGAAUCCAUUAUUUUAUUCUGGACAGGAGAUCUUGGAGAGCAUCAUGAACCUAUGUCGUAAAGAGAGUCAUCUAGACUUGCAUUACAUGGAUCUACGGAGGCUUCCCUUUACCCUUAGCGAUGGCUUUGUCCGACUCAUUGCUAAAGGGAGUCCAAAUCUCCGUAGCUUGUACAUAAACAAUGGCACUUUUGUUUGCAAGGUAACCCCUGAUACCCUGAUUGCAGUGUUACAGUACUGUCCUAAACUUUCAGUCCUUGGUGCCUUUUGCUCUAGUCUAUCAGAAGAUGUUUUCAGGGAACUAAUGAAACCGCACAGGCCACCAUUUAUGCGCCUAGACAUCUUGUGCGAAAGAUUGGACAAAUACACACUUUCCAUAUCUGAUGAGGUCUGGGGAGAGCUCUGUGAAUGUCAUCCAUCUCUUUUGGUAGAUCUGGAGCUGGACCACACAGUCCCUGCUUGGAAGAUCCCACGGAUCUUAAAGCCUAAUAUUCCGGUAGCAACAUUACAGUUGAACACUUUCAAUGAAAUGGGGAAAGAAGUCCGGUUUGCCACCGACAACUACUGGCGCACGCUGAAAAAGCUAACUGUACAGACCACUUCUUCCCGCCUUCUUAACUGUGCACUUGUCAACCUGGCCGAGAAGUGCAUCGCUUUGGAAGAGAUCCAUUGCUACUGUGUUGUGGGACCAGAAGUAAUCCAAGCCUUUCUUGCACAUUGUCCCCACUUGAAGAAAUAUACCCUUAAGCUUGACAAAGAAAAACACCCCUGGAAAGCAAUAAACCACCAGCCAGCCCCCAAGGCGGCCCUUGCUGGCCAUAAGAAUCCUAACAUGCUCUAGAAGCUGGGAGAGAAUACUCAGGACAAUUAAACAACAACAGGACAAUUAAACAAUGUUUACAUUAAGCAUUUCAUUGAUGCACUGCUCAUAUAAGUAUUAAGGCUUUAAUGUUUCUUCUGGUCAUAAAAACAGAGCUUACUUUUUGAUGUAAAAUGUAAAACUAAUGUACAUUUUAAACAACAUUGGAAUGCAUUAUAUUCACAUUCAAUCUGUAUUUUUUUUAAACAUUAGAGCUAAACCCAACUCAACUGCAAGUCACCAAAGAAUUGUAUAUCACCAUAUUGACUAGGACCUAUGCAAGUGUAUUUCAGCAGCAUUGGUGAGUUAAUGUAUAGUUAAUGCUUUCAGAUGCACUUAUUGAAUAAACCCAAGAGAAUGUAUUAGACAGAAUGUGAUCCCAUAAAUGUCCAAUUUAGGGGUAAA